AUGAUAUUAAACGGAAUAAUUUUUGCGAGCCUUAAUCUUUAUCGAAUUUUUCGAGAAAUAUCAUCUGGAUAUAUUGGCGAAAAAGUAAUACAGUGCUUCAUAAUAUUGAAUAUUCAUUAUAUAUACACAUUCCUUUCCACCAAUAUUGCGCAACAAAUUAUAGAUCAUAAUAAUAGCAUAUUUGUUACAGUAUACAAUGGUUACUGGUAUGUAGUUCCCUUACAUGUACAGAAGCUAAUAUUGUUCCUAUUGCAAAGAGGCACUAAAACUUUUAAGAUAAUGAUUGGUGGAUUAUUUGUGGGUUCCUUAGAAGGCUUCGCCACGGUAAAGUAUUUACUAACGGAACUUCAGUAUAUAUACAACGAUCUAAAAGAUGAAUAUGAAAACGUUAUUAUAGAAAAGUAUAGCUACAUUGCCAAAUGGUACACGGUUGUACUUACAAUACUUGCUGCUUGUAGCAUAAUUACUUUAAUUGUUGCCCAAUUUUGGAUGAGUAUCAUUGGCAACACUUUAUCGAAAAACGAAUCUCAAUCUCGUAAUCUACUUAUUACAAUAGAAUAUUUUAUCGAUCAAGAAAAAUAUUUUUAUUUAAUCGUGUUGCAUACAUAUGCAGCUAUUAGCAUAGGAUGUAUCGCGAUAAUAGCAGUAGGAGCGAUGCUCGUAGCAUAUCUUCAACAUAUUUGUGGAAUGCUUAGUAUCACAAGUUAUCGUAUUGAACGCGUGAGAAUAAAUAUGCUUCAAAAUUCCAUAAAAAACGAAAAUUUGAUAUUUAAAGGAAUGAUAUAUGCCAUUGAUAUUCAUCGACAAGCAAUGAAAUUAUCUAAACUGAUGGUAUCUAAAUUUGAGAUAAUGUUAUUCUGCUUAAUAGCAGUUGGAGUAAUCUGUUUGAGCCUCAACCUCUUCCGAAUUUUUCAGAUUGAUAUAUACAAGGAAAACGUUAAUGAAUUUCUAUUUCCUCUUAUAAUCGUAAUAGCCAGUAUUUUAUACAUGUUUAUUGCCAAUUAUAUUGGACAAGAUAUUAUGGAUCACACUAAUCAUAUAUUCGUUACUGCGUAA